CGCGGGCCGCCCCCGCCGAGCCCUGCGCCGCGCCCUGCUCGUGCCGCCGCGGCCUGCUGGACUGCAGCCGCCACCGCCUGCCCGGCGCGCCGGGCCCGCGCUGGAUCCCGCCGCUGCCCGCCGGCACCACGGGGCUGGAUUUAAGUCAUAAUCAUUUAUUAUCAUCCAACUGGAGCAUUGAUUUGUCUGUUCACACGCUGCAAGAAGUGAAAAUGAAUUACAAUGAGCUGAGUGAAAUCCCAUAUUUUGGAGAAACAACUUCCAAUAUAACUCUUCUCUCACUGGUGCACAACACCAUCCCAGAAAUAAAUGCUGAGCAACUGCAGGUCUACCUUUCGCUGGAAAAUCUAGAUCUCAGUUCUAAUCUCAUCUCGGAAAUUAAAGCCUCCUCUUUUCCGCGGAUGCAGCUGAAGUACCUGAAUCUGAGUAACAACAGGAUAACUACUCUAGAAGCAGGUUGCCUUGAUAACUUAUCUAGCUCGCUGAUGGUGGUAAAGCUGAACAGAAAUAGGAUUAGUGUGAUUCCACCAAAGAUCUUCAAGUUGCCUCACGUGCAGUUUCUGGAACUGAAAAGGAACCGGAUUAGAACAGUGGAAAGCCUUACAUUCCAAGGAUUGGAAUCCUUAAAAUCCUUGAAAAUGCAGCGCAAUGGGAUUAGCAGGCUGAUGGAUGGAGCAUUCUUUGGCCUGGGUAAUAUAGAGGAACUGGAACUGGAACAUAAUAACUUAACAGAAGUAAACAAGGGCUGGCUGUAUGGGCUGAGGACAUUGCAACAACUCUAUGUUAGCCAGAAUGCCAUCACCAGGAUCAGCCCAGAUGCGUGGGAAUUCUGCCAAAGGCUUGCUGAGCUGGACUUGUCGUACAACCAGCUCACUCGCCUCAAGGAAUCUGCCUUCGUGGGACUUGGCUUGUUGGAGAAGCUAAACCUGGGUGACAAUCGCAUUAGCCACAUUGCUGAUGGUGUCUUUAGGGGUCUGACAAAUCUUCAGACCUUGGACUUGCGGAACAACGAGAUCUCCUGGGCCAUAGAAGAUGCAAAUGAAGCAUUUGUGGGACUCAGCAGGCUGGAUAGACUAAUCUUGCAAGGAAACCAGAUAAAGUCGAUUACCAAAAAAGCCUUCUCAGGUCUGGAAGGACUUGAGCAUCUAGAUCUAAGCAACAAUGCAGUAAUGUCCAUCCAAGAAAAUGCCUUUGCCCAGGCUCAGCUGAAGGAGCUAGUUUUGAACACAAGCAGCCUCCUCUGCGAUUGCCAGUUGAAGUGGCUGCCCCAGUGGCUCACUGAGAGCCAUCUGCAGCAGGCUGUGAAUGUCACCUGUGCCCACCCUGAGUGGUUGGCAGGACAAAGCCUUCUCAGUGUGGACCCUGAUGACUUCAUCUGUGACAACUUCCCGAAGCCGCAGAUCCGGGUUCACCCCGAGACCACGGUGGCCCUGCGGGGCAUGAACGUGACGCUGACGUGCAGCGCCGUGAGCAGCAGCGACUCCCCCAUGGCCACGGCCUGGCGCAAGGACAGCGAGGUCCUCUACGACGCGGAGGUGGAGAACUUUGCCAGGUACCAGCAGCAGAGCGCCGAGGUGCUGGAAUACACCACUGUCCUGCACCUCUUCAACGUCAACUUCACGGAUGAGGGCAAGUACCAGUGCAUCGUCACCAACCACUUUGGCUCCAACUACUCCAACAAAGCCAAGCUGACUGUCAAUGAGCUCCCUUCCUUCCUGAAAACCCCCAUGGACCUCACUAUCCGCACCGGGGCCAUGGCCCGGCUGGAAUGUGCUGCCGAGGGCCACCCCACCCCGCAGAUCUCCUGGCAGAAGGACGGGGGCACCGACUUCCCAGCCGCCAGGGAGAGGAGGAUGCACGUCAUGCCCGAGGACGACGUGUUCUUCAUUGCCAACGUGAAGAUGGAGGACAUGGGGAUCUACAGCUGCAUGGCCCAGAACAUCGCGGGGGGACUGUCAGCCAACGCCACCCUCACCGUGCUGGAAACUCCUUCCUUCGUGAGGCCCCUGGAGGACAGGACGGUGAGCCGAGGGGAGACUGCUGUGCUGCAGUGCAUAGCUGGGGGCAGCCCUGCCCCUCGCCUCAACUGGACCAAGGACGACGGGCCCCUCACCGUCACGGAGCGGCAUUUCUUCGCCGCGGCAAACCAGCUCCUCAUCAUCGUGGAUGCCGGGCUGGAGGACGCUGGGAAGUACACCUGCAUCAUGUCCAACACCCUGGGCACCGAGCGGGGCCACAUUUACCUCAACGUCCUGGCUUCCCCCAACUGCGACUCCUCCCAGAGCGGCGUCGCCCACGAGGAGGACGGCUGGACCACCGUGGGCAUCGUGAUCAUCGUCGUCGUGUGCUGCGUGGUGGGGACGUCCCUGGUGUGGGUCAUCGUCAUCUACCACAUGAGGAGGAGGAACGAGGAUUACAGCAUCACUAACACAGAGGAGAUGAACCUUCCUGCCGACAUUCCCAGCUACCUGUCCUCCCAAGGAACGCUGUCAGAGCCUCAGGAAGGCUACAGCAACUCGGAGGCAGGGAGCCACCAGCAGCUGAUGCCUCCAGCUGGCAGCUACGUGCACAAAGGCACAGAUGGUGGGGCAGCACCACUGGUGAUCUGCUCAGACUGCUACGACAACGCAAACAUCUACUCCCGGCCCCGAGAGUACUGUCCCUAUGCCUUCAUCUCCGAGGAGGAUCCCCUGGAUCAAACACUCCCAAACCUCAUGGUGCAGAUGCCCAAGGAGGCGUACACAGCACGCACCCAGCACGAAACCAGUGCUCUGGAUAAUCUCCUGGCAGACAGAGACGUGCCUGUCUUCCUUACCAGCCACGACAAAAUCGGUGAAAAGAAAAUCUCCUCCCAGCAGAUCAGUGAGCCCUUCCAGGUCCCUCUAUGGGGGGUCGGCAAAGACCUGGCUCCCCCUCACCCCCGUUUCCUGCACCCCCCACGGCCCCUCCGGAGCGACGGAGCCGCCGACGGCGACCGGGACCGGGCCCAGGCCUCGCCCAGGCCCUCCUGCCACGGGCCCCGCGAGCACAGCUCGGAUUUUAGCAGGACACGCAACAGUCACGACCGCAGCGAAGCCACGUAAGGCACUCAAAGGAAGCCCUGCGAGCCAAUCCACAUCAACUGACUGUAUUUUCUACCUCAGGACCAACCCCAAGGCCAAAGAUUCUCGUGCUCUGUGUGUGUGUCUGCAAGUUGCUAAAGAGGCUUCUCUCGGAGGAGGUGUCACAUGCCCUUUUUCCCUUGGAUUUCUCUGUCGGGAAAUGGGAACGUGCACCAGAGAACACGUGGGUGAUCGGUGCUGUCUACAAAAAUAGCGUUAAAGCGUGGACUGUGUGGUGCUGGAAGCAGCCUUUGUGUUGGUGCAUGCCUUGGAAAGCUCUCAAGAAUGUGUGUAGCUAUUUCACAGCGCUUUGUCUGCUUGGAAACAAACCAUCAGGGCCUCCUCAUGGAAUUCCCCAGGAACCGUAAGCAUAAAACUCUUGGCCCGCUUUUCCUUCCUUAGACUGUUGGCAGGUGCCUGUUACCAGUCUGAGCUUGGGCCUUGUUUUCUCCUAGGAAUAAUGGACUCUUAAUUGUAAAUAAAUUUGCAUUUAUAAAUAUUUUGUAUACACUAAGCAUAUAAAUGUGUUGGCUGUAAUGUAAAUAUAUUUUUUAUUAUGCCAAAGUAUGUAUCAUACUGUUAGUCUUGACAGCUGCGUAUCAAGCCAUAUGGGAGGUUUUUGGGGGGGGGGAAUGAAAGCUUGUUUGUGAGGGGAUAGAGCUGUCUUUGUUUUGGAAAGGAGUGAAUUUACUCAUGGAUAUGUGGUGAAACUGUGAUAUUGAUGAAUUUCAUUGUUGCCUACAACUCUGUGUGCAUUAAGCCUGGCUGCAAGCUGAUGCAUUUCGUGAUGUUAGCAGAAGUCCAAGUUUUAUCUAAGCUUUUACCUUUAAAAAAACCACUUCAUAUCGUGUAUGUCGAGAGGUCUCCAUGUAUUUUUCUUAGCUGACAGUUAAGUGAACUUUUCAAAAGAAUGUGAUGAUGGAAAGGAUCAGGUAAAUUGGGAGAGCACUUGGUAAAUACUUAGUGAACUAUACUGUGGGUUUUCUGUUUCCUCUGCACAGCCAAAGGCAAGUUCUUUCUUCUGGGAAAGUGUCCUGUUGUGUAGAAGGGGUUAAAGGCUCCUCAGGGAUGGGUUUUCAGCAGGUGCUUCGUGCUCAGCGUGUGCUCUGUGCUCACACCUGAAGAGUGAGAUGGCCUUCCUGGUCACUGGUGCCUUUUUCUGGAGCUGUAGGAUUUGUACCCAAAUAAAACCAGCUGUGUGGAUAUCUUUGUAAAGACAAAAACCCCCCUUUUGGCCCAGCCCAUGGACAGGUAUGUGGGACUUCCCAUCGAUCCAUUCCCAGACCGGAGGGUGUGUGACUGAAGUGUGAGGUGCAGUCGAGCAGAAUCACAGCUCAGGCUUUGCAGACUGUGGAGUAUUUGAGUAAAUGAGUGAGGGAACACUGGGAAUAAUGAUUCUUUUCCCACGGCUCUUUGGACAUGAAUAAUAGUCAGAUCUGUGCAAAUGAGCAAAUAUUAUCAAGGGCUCUUCCCAUGCUCUCAAAGCCAGCGGGGCUGCUUUGAUAGCAGCUCUAGUGGGAAGAGCAUCCAAUUGUCCUUGACCUUUGGGUAAAGUAGAAACACACAGGUGUGUUAAUUUUUGGGUUCUGACAGCUGAAAUGUUUUAAUAACAUGAAGAAAAAAAAAAAAGGAAUCUUAAGUUCAUUCCUUUCUGUUUUUAUUUCCUCCAGGCUUUUCCUUCCCAGACAGCAUUUAAGACACGGUGCUUAUUCUCAAUCCAAAGUGAUCCCUGCUGCGGGAACCCAGUGCUGUCAGUUUAAAUCCAGCUGAGAAAGGUCAUGUCAUGAAACCACAGCAGCAGCAAAGCCUCAUCCUUCUGGGCUGCUCUCUGCAGGCAGCCACUCAGGGUGCUGCUGGAAUGUGUGAUUCCCAAGAGUGGGAAAACAGCAUCCCAGCUGCUGCUCUGUCUCCCGUCACCGUUUGGGAGACGCUUUGCUCCUUUUUCUUUCAUCCCUCUCUCUCCUCCGAGGAGCUGAGCUCACUCAGAUCUGUCCCAGUGCAGCUGGGGAUGUCUAAACCUUGGGAAUACCUGGGGCAGAACUGCCUGGAGCGAGGGAAUUCCCGUUAGGGAGGUGAGACCUGCUUGGCCAGGACUAAGGCCUUAAAAUCGCUGCUGUCUGCACCAGGCCAGUGCUGGCUCUUGGAGCCCUGAGGAGCUAAAGCUGCUCUGAUUUCUGUGAGAGAGGGGCCUGGAAAAGCUACCACUGUAAAUCAGGACAUUUACAGCCUUCCACGAGCAUUUAAAGUCCAUAAGCUGGUUGUAAAUAGCUGGUGAUUGUAAGUAGGGUGACACUUUGCUGCACUGUGGAAAACUUCCUUGGUAGACUUGGGUUCAAAUCAUGUGUCUCUUCUCUCCCUUUGCUCCAGGGGUGCAGGGGGGACAGAGUGGCCUUUCUUUGUUCAGUAAAAACAGGCAGUUUCUUCAAUCAAUGCCAAAGCACUACCAAUACAGGAACUGGGGGUUCAGAGGCAGCAAGAGCAAAGCUGCUCCUGUUCCCUUGUUGCUAUUUCCUAGUGUCUAUUUAUAUUUUUUUCACAUAAGAAUGUAUAUUUUGUAUAGCAUGUGUAAUAUAUGUUUGUCUAUUGUAAUAUACGUCCAUUCAAUAAAAUACUGUAUACACUGA